UCAUAAGAUGGCGGUUGGUUUGUCUCCCCACGGUAGCGCCGCCACUCUCAAUAUGGUAGCUGUUUACCCCAUAUUUCUCCUCCCCUCUCCGCCUCAACUUCCUCGUUGUUUUGAAUAAACUUUAUUGACUACUACGAAUUGCCUAGCACUGCUGCCGGGCUUCUCCUGGCGACUUUUCGGUCCGUCUUUCUUGGACUAGGCGGCCGGUUCAUUUUGUUCCUCCUUGGUUUGUUCGCGGCUUCUGCCAGCCCAGCGACGACGCCACUUGCCCGUUCGCAGGGCAGCCACCAGACUAGGCCCGAGCUGCGGUCUCUAGUAGGCCCGAACGGCGGGGCCGUGGGGAGUGCUGUGGAGAAGGCUGCCCUGAAGCACUGCUGGGCAGCUAGCGCCGCGCGACCCAGCGGGUGGUUCGAAGGGAAGGCGAGCAAGCUAUCGUCCAGAGAGGACGCGUCCUGUUGCCUCCAGCCCCUCCUUGACACCAGGAACCUGGCCCGCCGCAGAUCGCUCCAAGGCCCGACGAAGAUGGCCUCGGUGCCUGUGUAUUGCCUCUGUCGGCUACCUUAUGAUGUGACCCGCUUUAUGAUCGAGUGUGACAUGUGUCAAGACUGGUUUCAUGGCAGUUGUGUUGGAGUUGAAGAGGAGAAGGCUGCUGACAUUGACCUGUACCACUGCCCCAACUGUGAGGUCUUACAUGGUCCCUCCAUUAUGAAAAAACGCCGUGGAUCUUCAAAAGGGCAUGAUACACACAAGGGGAAGCCAGUGAAGACUGGGAGUCCUAUGUUCAUUCGAGAACUCCGCAGUAGGACUUUUGACAGCUCAGAUGAAGUAAUUCUGAAGCCCACUGGAAAUCAGUUGACUGUGGAAUUCCUGGAAGAGAAUAGCUUCAGUGUACCCAUCCUGGUCUUGAAGAAGGAUGGGUUGGGAAUGACACUGCCCUCGCCAUCAUUCACUGUGAGGGAUGUGGAACACUAUGUUGGUUCUGACAAGGAGAUUGAUGUGAUUGAUGUGGCCCGUCAGGCUGACUGCAAGAUGAAGCUUGGUGAUUUUGUGAAAUAUUAUUACAGCGGGAAGAGGGAGAAAGUCCUCAAUGUCAUUAGUUUGGAAUUCUCUGAUACCAGGCUUUCCAACCUUGUGGAGACACCUAAGAUUGUUCGCAAGCUGUCAUGGGUUGAGAACUUGUGGCCUGAGGAGUGUGUCUUUGAGAGACCCAAUGUGCAGAAGUACUGCCUCAUGAGUGUGCGGGAUAGUUAUACAGAUUUUCACAUUGACUUUGGUGGCACCUCAGUCUGGUAUCAUGUGCUCAAGGGUGAGAAGAUUUUCUACCUGAUCCGCCCAACAAAUGCUAAUCUGACUCUCUUUGAGUGCUGGAGCAGCUCCUCUAAUCAGAACGAGAUGUUCUUUGGGGACCAGGUGGACAAGUGCUACAAGUGUUCCGUGAAGCAAGGACAGACACUUUUCAUUCCUACAGGUUGGAUCCAUGCUGUUCUUACCCCUGUGGACUGCCUUGCCUUUGGUGGGAAUUUUUUACACAGCCUUAACAUUGAAAUGCAGCUCAAAGCCUAUGAGAUUGAGAAGAGGCUAAGCACAGCAGAUCUUUUCAAGUUCCCCAACUUUGAGACCAUCUGUUGGUAUGUGGGAAAGCACAUUCUGGAUAUAUUUCGAGGUUUGCGAGAGAACAGGAGACACCCUGCCUCCUACCUGGUCCAUGGUGGCAAAGCCCUGAACUUGGCUUUUAGAGCCUGGACAAGGAAAGAAGCUCUGCCAGACCAUGAAGAUGAGAUCCCGGAUACGGUGCGGACCGUACAGCUCAUUAAAGAUCUGGCUAGGGAGAUCCGCCUUGUUGAAGACAUCUUCCAACAGAACGUUGGGAAGACGAGCAAUAUCUUUGGGCUGCAGAGGAUCUUCCCAGCCGGCUCCAUUCCCUUAACCAGGCCAGCCCAUUCCACUUCAGUGUCCAUGUCCAGGCUGUCACUGCCCUCCAAAAGUGUUCCAAAGAAGAAAGUCCUGAAGCCCAAGGAACUCUUCAAGAAGGCAGAGCGAAAGGGCAAGGAGAGUUCAGCCUUGGGGCCUGCUGGCCAGUUGAGCUAUAAUCUCAUGGACCCAUACAAUCAUCAGACACUGAAGACAGGCUCUUCCCAGAAAGCAAAGUUCAACAUCACUGGUACCUGCUUGAAUGACUCAGAUGAUGACUCACCAGACAUGGACCUUGAUGGGAAUGAGAGCCCGCUGGCCCUAUUGAUGGCUAAUGGCAGUACUAAGAGGGUGAAGAGUUUAUCCAAAUCUCGGAGAGCCAAAAUUGCCAAGAAGGCGGACAAGGCAAGGCUGGUGGCUGAACAGGUGAUGGAGGAUGAAUUUGACUUGGAUUCAGAUGAUGAAUUGCAGAUUGAUGAGAGAUUGGGAAAAGAGAAGGCUACCCUGAUAAUAAGAUCAAAAUUUCCCCGGAAGUUGCCCCGUGCUAAGCCAUGCUCUGACCCCAACCGAGUUCGUGAACCAGGAGAAGUUGAGUUUGACAUUGAGGAGGACUAUACAACAGAUGAGGACAUGGUGGAAGGGGUUGAAGGCAAGCUUGGGAAUGGGAGUGGAGCUGGUGGAAUUCUUGAUCUACUUAAGGCCAGCAGGCAGGUGGGGGGACCUGACUAUGCUGCCCUCACCGAGGCUCCAGCCUCCCCCAGCACUCAGGAGGCCAUCCAGGGCAUGCUGUGCAUGGCCAACCUGCAGUCCUCAUCUUCUUCACCGGCUACCUCUAGCCUGCAGGCCUGGUGGACAGGAGGGCAGGACAGAAGCAGUGGGAGUUCCAGCAGUGGUCUGGGCACAGUGUCUAGCAGUCCUGCUUCUCAGCGCACCCCAGGGAAGCGGCCCAUCAAGCGUCCUGCAUAUUGGAGAACCGAGAGCGAGGAAGAGGAGGAGAAUGCCAGUCUGGAUGAACAGGACAGUUUGGGAGCAUGCUUCAAGGAUGCAGAGUAUAUCUACCCUUCCCUGGAAUCUGAUGAUGAUGACCCUGCUCUGAAAUCUCGACCCAAGAAAAAGAAGAAUUCAGAUGAUGCCCCAUGGAGUCCUAAAGCCCGUGUGACCCCAACUCUACCCAAGCAGGACCGUCCUGUACGUGAGGGGACCCGAGUCGCUUCCAUUGAGACAGGUUUGGCUGCAGCAGCUGCAAAGCUGGCCCAGCAGGAGCUACAGAAGGCCCAAAAGAAGAAAUAUAUUAAGAAGAAGCCUUUGCUGAAGGAGGUAGAACAGCCUCGCCCUCAAGACUCCAAUCUCAGCGUGGCAAUACCAGCCCCAACACUGGUUACUGCACCCCAGCCUCUUGCCUCUUCCUCACCCCUGCCUCCUCCUGAGCCUAAACAAGAGGCUCUGUCAGGAAGUCUUGCUGACCAUGAGUAUACUGCUCGACCCAAUGCCUUUGGCAUGGCCCAGGCAAACCGCAGCACCACACCCAUGGCCCCCGGCGUUUUCUUGACCCAGCGGCGCCCUUCAGUUGGGUCCCAGAGCAAUCAGGCAGGACAAGGAAAGCGUCCCAAAAAGGGCCUGGCCACAGCAAAGCAGAGACUUGGCCGUAUCCUGAAAAUCCACAGAAAUGGCAAGCUACUUCUGUUACGCAGCAACAAGGAUUCAGCCUCCCCCUAUCCCGGCAUCUUGGAUCCUCAACUGGGUGGUUUUUAUGUGUUUGAAUUUCAAGAGUUUUUUAUAUAUCAGGAUAUAAAUCGUCUGUUAGGUAUGUGAUUUGCAAAUAUUUUCUCCCAGUUCAUAGCUUGUAUUUUUAUUUUUUACUAGUGUCUUUUUCAGAGCAAAAUGUUUAAUUUUGAUAAAUUCUAACUUAUCAACUUUAUUUUGUGGAUUUUCCUAUUUAAAGCAUUCUUUGCCUGGGUAUGGUGAUGCACGCCUGUAAUCCCAGUGGCUCAGGAGGCUGAGACAAGAGGAUCAUGAAUUCAAAGCCAGACUCAGCAAAGUGAGGUGCUAAGCAACUCAGUGAGACCCUGUCUCUAAAUAAAAUACAAAAUAGAGGAGGAUCACAAAUUCAAGGUCAGCCUCAGCAACUUAGUGAGACCUAUCUCUACAUAAAUAGAUAGAUAGAUAGAUAGAUAGACAGAUAGAUAGAUAGAGCGAGCUGGGGAUAUGGUUCUGUGUUUAAAUGCCCCUGGGUUCAGUUCCCAGUAAAAAAAAAAAAAAAAAAAAAAAAAAAACUUUGCCUAACUGUGCCCACUGGUAUAUGCCAGUCAAUAAUCCCAGUGACUAUUGAGGCUGGUGCAAGAUGAUCACAAGUUUGAGGUCAGUCUCAGUAUCUUAGCUAAACCCUAUCUAAAAGUUAAAAAAUGAAAAGGGCUAGGGACGUAGCUGAGUAGUAAAGUAUCCCUGGAUUCAAUCCCCAGUACCAUUUUUAGAAAUACAAAAAGAACUCUACUCUCUUUAUAGAACUCUAAGUCAUAAGAAAUUUUUCCUUAUGUUAUCUUCUGAAAGUUUAAUAAAUGUAUGCUUUACUUUAGGCCUAUGAUCCAUUUUGAAAUGAUUUUAAUAUAUUGUAACAAGUUUAGGUCAAAGUUCUUUUGUCUUUUGCCUAUAAAAUGUCCAAAUAUGCCAACAUAAUUUAUUGGAAAUGUCAUUGAAUUACCUUUUACAAAAAUUAGGCAGUUGUAUUUUGCUUAGCUUUAUAACAGAUUUUCCUGUGUUGCCCAGGCCAACCUCAAACUUGUGAUCCUCCUGCCUCAGUCUAAUGAGUAGCUGGGAACAGAGCCAUAAGCCGCUGUGCCCAAGUAGGCAGCUGUAGGUCUAUUUCUAGAAUCUCUGGUUUUUUCAAUCAUUCUUAUGUAUCUAUCCUUUCACCAAUACCACACUGCAUUUAUUAUUGUGCCUUUAUACUUAUUUUAGUAUCACAUAGUGUGAUUCUUCCUAUUUAUUCUUCUUUUUCAGGUAUUUUGAAAGGACUUGUCUUAAAUGUAUAGAUCAUAUUUGGUAGCAUUGACAUGUUGAUGAUUUAAACAUAUUUCUUAUUUCAUAUAUGUUUAAGUUGAAAUAUAAUCUACAUAUAAGGAGGAACAAAAACUUUUAAUUAUACACAUAGUCAGAUUGUCACAAAAUGAACAUAUUUUUGUAGUAACCACCCAGAUCAAGACAUAUGAGUUGUACCUAGAGGAGUAAAUCUUAAUACAAAAGGGAUAGAGAGCUCUUGGGCCCAUUUGAGAUGAGGAAGUCAUUAAGGACAGCUAUACUCUCAGGGAAAGGACUGGAAAAUAACCUUCCUACUUAUACAGGGACACAACAAAGAAUCUUGUCUGUUUUGGACUGGCAUUUGGAUAGAGGAAAAUUUUUCCUUCUCUAUGAAUUCCUAACCAUGUAAUUGAGUUUUACAUGGGUUUGUGAUUCAAAUCUCAACUAUCUAUUUAACCCCUCAGAAGUUAAGACUUGUGAAAUUAAGAGAAAAUUAAUCUCUCUGGAGCAUUUGACAAAAGCAAAUACCAAACCUUUCAUGUGUGCCAUCCACACUAACCAGGAUUUUCAUUGAUGAACCCACUUAAACAUGAAUGAAAUAAUCCACAAUAAUCAAGAAUCACCAAAUACAACAAAUAGCAGAAUUAAGCUUCCAUGAACUUCCGAUAAAAGAAGAAACUAACAGAAAUAAAAAACAUGGUAAAACGAUUAAGAACUUGAAGAAAUAAAAAAUAAAAGUGUACGACAUUAUACUAAAAACGAGCAGGCAGAUUUAAAAAAGGAUCAAAGCAGACAUCUGCAAAUAAUAAGCAGUACAGUUGGCUCACCAAAUCUGCAUUUCUGCAUCCACAGAUUCAAUCAACUGUGAAUCAGAUACAUUGAGAAAAAAUGCAUUUGUAUUGAAUGCAUACAAAAUUUUUUCUUCUCAUUAUCUCCUAAACAAUAUCAUAUAACAACUAUUUAUAUAGCAUUUACUUUGUAUUAAGUAUUGUAAAUAAAGAUUAUAUAAAGCAUACUGGAGGAUAUGUGUAGAUUGUAUGCAAAUACUAUCCAUUUUAUAUAAGGAACUCGAACAUUCAAGGAUUCUUAUGUCUUUUGGGGAUCCUGGAAACCAGUCCCCUUCAGAUACUGAGGGAGGCACUUGAAAAUUAAAAAAUUCAGUGAAUGAAUUAAAUUGGAGAUAAUACACUGUUGAAGAGAAAAUUUAAUUGGAUGUUAGGUCUUAGGAAAUUACUAAACAAAUAGGACAGAGAGAGUUAAAGAGAGGGGAAAGAUAAGAGGCUAGGAUAUGUAGAGGACAGAUUGAGAAUGUCUCACAAAUAAGUAAUGGGAGUUGCAGAAUAAGUAGGAGAGAAGUAGCCAGAUGUGGAGGCACACACUUGUAAUCCCAGUGGCUCAGGAGGCUGAGGCAGGAUGAUUACAAGUUCAAAGCCAGCCUCAGCAACUUAGUCAUGCCCUGAGUAACUUAGCAAGACCCUUUCUUAAAAAAAUGGUCUGGGGAUGCAGUUGGGUGCUGCUGGGUCCCAUCUCUGGUACAAAAAAAAAAAAAAGUAGGGGAGUAAUAUACAACUGCCUACUCAACAUUUUUACUUAGAAACAUAUCCAAAGCUUAACUUCUGAUAAUCCCUCCCCAAACCUGCCUUUCCCUCAACUCUGUUUCUAUUAGUAGAUGACAAUUUCAUCCUUUCAGUUGCUCAAACUGAAACCCUGGAUAAUCCUUGAUUCAUGUCUUUCUCUCACAUCAAACGAAGCAAAUAACAGUUGGAUUUUAUUUAAAAAUAUUUGCAGGGCUGGGGUUGUGGCUCAGCAGCAGAGCACUCGCCUAGCACAUAUGUGUGAGGCCCUGGGUUUGAUCCUCAGCACCACAUUAAAAAAAUAAAUAAAUAAAAUAAAGGUAGUGUGUCCAACUACAAGUAAAAAUAAAAAAAAAAAAAUUUGCAACAUCUGGCCACUUUUCACUGUCUCCUAUCAUCUUGACCAGAACCAUUAUCACCAGCCCAUAACAUUACAAUAGCAUCCUCACCUGCUUUGCUGUUUCUUCCAAUGUUUCCCUACAGUCUCAACACAGCAUCAAAAGUGAUCUUUUAAAAAUGUGUCAGAAACACACUUUUUUUUGGCACCAGGGAUUGAAUCCAGGAGUACUUAACCACUUAGCCACAUCCCCAGCUAUUUUUAUUUUGAGACAGAUCUCGCUAAGUUUCUGAGACUGGCUUUGAACUUGCAAUCCUACUGCCUCAUCCUCUUGAGCCACUGGGAUUACAAGUAUGUGCCACUGGGCCAAGAAACUUUCACUUCUGAGAAUGUGGAGUAACAUACUUUUCCCUAUUUUCCCCAUUAACUACAAUAAAAAAUAUAUAUAUAUGAAUAAAUAGUAAUUUGAAAGUUGAAGAUGAAUCAGCCAGAUUUUGAGACCUAAGAACACAGUGGUGAAUUCCUUGUUUUUUUUUUUUUUUUUUUUUUUUUUUGCCCCAUAUGCCCUAUACUAGAUACUGGGAAGGCUGACAACCCACAAACACCAGCAGAAGCAGACAAAAAAAAAAUUCCUAAGAAAAUCCUGUUUUCUCUAGCCAAAGGACCAAGAAAGAGACAGCCUAGCAACACAGAAAACUUUUAAACAAUUACUCUUCUACUUCAUCUAAAUACUAUAGAAAAAUUCUGACUCCAGUCCUACUCUCACAUGCAAAGACUGAGUGAAGAGCCUAGACUCUCUUCAGAUUGUGAUGAGAUGCUCUAACUUCCCUCCAUUCACUACUGAGGUGGUAUCAGAAAACUAAAAGUAGAACUUAGACUUUUACCUCCAUCGAGCACUAAUGAGGUAGCACCCCAUCUUCCCCUUAAGAGUCUUCUCAGAGGAGGCCACGUCACACACAAAAUUUACCUGAGCUCUAUAGAGUAUCAUAACAAUACCUGCUGUAUCCAGUUUACAUAAAAAAUUAGUCAUUAUACCAUGAACAAGGAAUAUUUUAAACUGAAUGAGUAAAGGCAAUGGAUGUGAACACCAAGAUACAUAAGUAGAAUCAUCUAAGAAGUGUAAAGGAGCCAUAAAAUUGCCUCAGCAAGCAAUUGCAAACACACUUGAAAUAAAUGAAGAAAUUGAAAGUCACCAAAGCAACAAGAUAGAAGAACCAAAUGGAAAAAUUAGACAACAGCAAAAUGAAAACAUAGUACUUGAAGGUAAAACAAUAGAAGUUACUUAGUAUGAGUAACAGAAAACAAAGUGAAAGAAAGAUGAAUAGAAACUCAAGACCUGGGAGGCUAUAGCAAAAAUUAUAACAUGCAUGCAUAUCAUUAGAGUCCUUAAAAGAAUGGAAUUAGAUCAUAGGGAUAAGAAAAAGUAUUCAAAGAAACACUGGCUGAAAUUUCCCCAAGUGUGGCAAAUUUAUAUUUUUACAGAGAAUCCAAUAUAAUUUAUUGAUUGCAUUUAUAAUGAAUCCAAGCUGGGUGGAAAUCAAAUAGUUUCACGUUCCUUCUUUUUUUUUUUUUUUCUUUUUAAUACUGGGAAUUGAACUCAGGGGCACUCAACCACUGAGCAACAUCCCCAGCCAUAUUUUGUAUUUUAUUUAGAGAGAGGGUCUCACUGAGUUGCUUAAUGGCCUCGCUUUUUGCUGAGGCUGGCUUUGAACUCGGAGCUGCUGGUAUUACAGGCAUGUGCCAUUAUGCCCAGUAAGUAGUUUCUUUCUUAAAGGGAUUAUUAACUGUAGAGUGCGGUAGCACACACUAUAAUCCCAGUGACUCGAGGCUGAGACAGGCAGGAUGAUCACAAGUUUGAGGCUAGACUCGGCAACAUAGCAAUACCCUGUCUCAAUAAAAGGGUUGGGAAUACAGCUCAUUGGGGAGUAUGCCUGAGUUCAAUCCUCAUUACUGCCAAAAAAGGAUUAUCUUUAUUAGUUACAUAAAUGAAAGUUAUUCAUUUAUAUUUAUCAUGUUCAUUUCAAUUUAAACUUAUAAGAAGACUUUUCUGAGUAUUUAUGAAGUUUACUCUGACAGCAUAAACAAUAAAGAUGUAUUUUACAUAAA